GAACCGGAAGAAGGUGAAAUGCUUUCGGUAGACGCUUCAUGACUGGGAAGAUGGCGGCGGCUGCGUGGCUUCAGUUGCUGCCUGUCAUUCUUCUUCUUCUGGGGGCUCAGCCAUCUCCACUGUCGCUUUUUGGUGUCGGACCGGUACUCGUCGCCGCUACUGACCGAUCCAAGUGGCAUAUUCCAAUACCAUCGGGGAAAAAUUACUUUAGCUUUGGAAAGAUCCUCUUCAAAAAUACCACUAUCUUCCUGAAAUUUGAUGGAGAACCUUGUGAUGUACCUUUGAAUAUAACCUGGUAUCUGAAAAGUGCUGAUUGUUACAAUGACAUCUAUACCUUCAAGGCAGAUGAUAUGGAGACAUAUUUGGAAAAAAAGGAAUUGUCUGGGAAAUACCAAGCAGCAUCCAAAUUGUUCCAGAACUGCAGUGAACUCUUUAAGACACAAAGCUUUUCUGGGGAUUUCGUGCAUCGAUUGCCUCUUUUAGGAGAAAAACAAGAGGCUAAGGAGAAUGGAACAAAUCUUACCACUACUGGAGAAAAAAUUGUAUUGCAUGAUCCAUUGAAAACUUGGCAAGAUGCACCAUACAUUUUUAUUGUACAUAUUGGCAUUUCAUCUUCAAAGGAGUCAUCAAAAGAAAAUCUUUUUACUAUGACUGUGGAAGUAAAAGGUCCCUAUGAAUACCUCACACUUGAAGAAUAUCCAUUGAUGAUUUUUUUCAUGGUGAUGUGUAUUGUGUAUGUCCUGUUUGGUGUUCUGUGGCUGGCGUGGUCUGCCUGCUACUGGAGGGAUCUCCUAAGAAUUCAGUUUUGGAUCGGUGCUGUCAUCUUCCUGGGAAUGCUUGAGAAAGCUGUCUUCUAUGCAGAAUUUCAGAACAUCCGAUACAAAGGAGAGUCUGUCCAAGGUGCCCUGAUCCUUGCAGAGCUACUUUCAGCAGUUAAACGUUCACUGGCUCGAACCCUGGUCAUCAUAGUCAGCCUGGGAUAUGGCAUAGUCAAGCCCCGCCUUGGAGUCACUCUUCACAAAGUUGUGGUAGCAGGAGCCCUUUACCUUUUGUUCUCCGGCAUGGAAGGGGUCCUCAGAGUUACUGGGUUCUUAGCUUAUCCCUUGGCUUUGAUAGUAAACCUGGCACUGUCAGCAAUUGAUGCCUGUAUUAUUUUAUGGAUAUUUAUUAGCCUAACUCAAACAAUGAAGCUAUUAAAACUUCGGAGGAACAUUGUAAAACUCUCUCUGUACCGACAUUUCACCAACACGCUUAUCUUGGCCGUGGCAGCAUCUAUUGUAUUUAUCAUCUGGACAACCAUGAAGUUCAGGAUGGUGACUUGUCAGUCGGAUUGGCGGGAACUAUGGGUGGAUGAUGCCAUCUGGCGGUUGCUGUUCUCCAUGAUCCUCUUUGUCAUCAUGGUUCUCUGGCGACCAUCUGCAAACAACCAGAGGUUUGCCUUCUCACCAUUGUCUGAGGAAGAGGAAGAGGAUGAACAGAAGGAGCCUAUGCUGAAAGAAAGCUUUGAGGGAAUGAAAAUGAGGAGUACCAAACAAGAACCAAAUGGAAAUACUAAAGUAAACAAAGCACAGGAAGAUGAUUUGAAGUGGGUAGAAGAAAAUGUUCCUUCUUCUGUGACAGAUGUAGCACUUCCAGCCCUUCUGGAUUCAGAUGAGGAACGAAUGAUCACGCACUUUGAAAGGUCCAAAAUGGAGUAAAGUGGGAAGAUGUGCAGUUGAAGAUGGCCAGUAUCUGGGAAGAGAUCAGCUCCUGUCAGUCCUCUAUACUGCCCCGUGGGGUUAAAGAAGGGAAUGACAUCCUGAUCUGUUCCUUGAUCUUUGUGUGUUGGACCUGGUCAGAGGUGUCAGGACUAGGAGAACAUCUUACUGAAAACAAGUUCAUAGGAAGAGAAAAAUCUACAAGUUUCUUAUUUUCAGCAUUGAUGCCCCAUUCCCUCCUACACCCUGACAUGGAUGUUUAUAUGCAACUUAUGUGUGUUGUUGUUCCUGAGCCUUCUAUGAUGUUUAAAUUGUUUAAUCUGUCAAACUAAAAAGUUUAACAUCUUCUUGACGUCAACACCAUAAUAUGUAAUCUCCAGGAGCAACUGCCUAUAAUUUUUAUUUAUUUAAGGAGUUACAUAGGUGAUGGGGGAAAUUGUUAAUUAUCUUGCCAUUUCCUGGGAAGCCAGGGUUACAGCUUACAGAGGUAGUUUUGAGAAAAAUAUGCCCUGACUUAAGGAGCCAUGGUUCUGUCAAUGAUUAAAAGGACGAAAAAACAGGGAGAGAAAGAAACUGUUACAAUGUAAUUUAGAUCAUUUAAAAAGCAAAAUCAAGUGCAAUUUUGUUUACAAAGGUGUAUAUUAAAGAUUUUUCUAUUUGAGAUGUACUUUAGAGAGAAAUAUUAGGUUAACUCUUGACAUCUUCUAUUGUGACACAUCCCAUUGCUGGCAAUGUGGUGCACGCUCCAAAACUUUCAACUACUGUUUUGUAAGCCUCCAAGGCAGCAUUGCAGAGUCGGACACAAUGCUUUGUUGGCCUUCCUGCCGUUCACUGGGUGUUGCACUAGAGGCAGAGAGGCACUCCAUCCAAGUGCUUGUGAGUGAGCACCCCGAGUACUGUGUUUCUUCAGAAGCAGGAGCUAAUACAAAGGAAACAGGUCCUUCCAGCUUAAAGUUUUCUUGCAUGAGGUAGUAUGGAGGCCCUGGACUGCUGCUCAUUCUUUAGGAAUCAACGGUUCUUGUAUCUGGUGUUGGUUUAGAGACUGUUUAAAGAGACAUCACAAGGUGAUGGGAUUCAUUUGAUACACUAUGUUUCUGUUUAAAUGGUUUGUCUACUUUUGCCUUCCCAAGAGUUUUGUUCUACAUAGAAGUUCAUGCCAUUUUUUAAUAUAAAAAAUUUUAACAAAAUUA